CUCUCUGCCUGUCGUUUUUGUUUAUGUCAUAAAAGAAGCGAAAAGGCAAAGAAUAAAACACACUUACUCACACAGCUACACCCUCUCUCUCUCUCUGUUUAUCACCCAAAAUCUAGAGGACCCAUUUCUUAUUUCUGUGCCAUUUGAAGAUAAUUUUUCCUAUGCAUAGCCAGUUCCAUUUCCUCUCAUUUUUCUUUAAUGCUUUAUGGCAAUAGUGGGUUACUCUUUAUUAAAUACUAUCAAGAAACUUAUUUUUCUUGAUUUAUGAUUCAUGGCUGUUAAAUCUGGGAUCUUUGUCCAAAUCUAGUCAUACCCAUUUGGUUAGUGACAGUCAAGUAGGUUUCAGACAAGGUUAUUACUCUUAACGCUGCUUGGUCAUGGAUGGAGAAUCAUCAUGGAUCAACCAUUGCCUUGAUGAAACAGUCAGAGAGUUUGGGGAGUUUGAUUCAUUCUCCGAACUUAAUGAUGAAGGCAACACAGAAGCUACUGCAGUUUCUGUGGAUUUGAUCCUCCCUGAUGACCUGUUGGAACGGAUCCUAGCCUAUCUCCCCAUUGCAAGCAUAUUCAGAGCAGGUUCUGUGUGUAAAAGAUGGCAUGAGAUUGUUAGCUCAAACAGGUUUUUAUGGAACUUUUCACAUGUCCUUACACAAAAACCAUGGUAUUUUAUGUUUACAAGCUGUGAUGAAUCAACCAGUUAUGCUUAUGAUCCCACCCUUCGGAAGUGGUAUGGCUUUGAACUCCCUAACAUCAAGCCAGAUUGUUUCAUUGCUUCAUCGUGUGGAUUGGUUGGCUUCAUGGACAAUGACAGCAGAAGUGAGCUAUAUGUUUGCAACCCAAUAACCAAAUGCUUCAAGAAGCUUGUGGAGCCCCCAGGAUUGAAAUUUUCUGAUUACAGUGCACUUGCAAUCUCAGUGGACAGGAUAUCACAUGUUUAUACCAUCACAGUAGUGAAAUCUAAGCAAGUCCCUGGAAAUUUUUUCCAAUGGGAUAUCGCAAUUCAUAUUUAUGAUUCAGAAACAAGGAUGUGGACAACCCCUUUGACAGAGGUUUUUGGUGGAUGGAGAGGUGGUGAUGAAAGUGUGAUCUGUGAUGGGGUUUUGUACUUUUUGAUUUAUUCAACUGGGAAUGGUGCACCAGAAAAUCGUCAUGGCCUAAUUGCAUAUAAUCUCUCUAGCCGUUUUUCCCACAGUUUGUUGAAUAGGAGUUUUAUUCCAGUACCUUGUCCUCUUACAUGUGGCCGUCUGAUGAACCUGAAGGGGAAGCUGGUGAUGGUGGGAGGAAUUGGGAAACAAGAUCGAGCUGACAUAAUCAAGGGGAUUGGCAUCUGGCUUCUAAAUGGUAGGGAGUGGCAAGAGAUAGCACGUAUGCCUCAUAAAUAUUUUCAAGGGUUUGGGGAGUUUGAUGAUGUUUUUGCUAGCAGUGGUACGGAUGAUCUCAUAUACAUCCAAAGCUAUGGAGCUCCAGCACUUCUUGUCUUUGAUAUGAACCAGAAGCAAUGGAGAUGGUCACUGAAGUGCCCCGUGACAAAGAGGUUCCCACUUCAGCUGUUUUCUGGAUUUUGCUUUGAACCCAGGCUUGAAAUUGCUCCCUAAUUCAUUUCUCUUUGGAAUUAUGUGGUGGUAUUGAUGAAUUUGCCUUACAUUCCCAUGGCUUUCUUUUGUUUCCAUUUGCAAUUAUAUUUGGUUAUUAUGAAAUGUGUGUUCUGAAAAGUUUAUACAAAAUGUAAAUGCAGAUAAAUCUGCUCCAUUCACGAUUAUGGGAAAUAUCAUUCUUUGCAUUCA